AUGAUAUCGAUGACGAUGAGGAUUAUGAGUACUACUUAUGGAAGAAGUAUCGACGCGAGAAGCUGCGAAAAGCCCUUGAAGAAGAUGGCAACAGUGGCAGCACAAGACGAGGGAAACACCGUCACAACGACAACGACAGAACCAAUCUUUAUUACAGCACUUCAUAUUACGACUAUAAUUAUCCAACUUACCAAUACUCUCCUUCAUAUCCUUCAUCCUAUAGCAGUGGCUACAGUUAUGGUUAUCCGGCAUACAGGAGGAAGUUACUGUUGUGGGUUCUCAGGACUCGGCGGUGGGCUGUUCGGCCUAGGGAUUGGAAGCGGUAUCGGCAUCUUCACUCCCAUUGGAAAUGUCGACAUUUUCAGUGGAUUUGGUAUAGGAAUCGGUUAA